CCAAAAAGAAAGGGAAGAAAGGGAAAGCCAAAGGUACCCCGAUUGUUGAUGGUCUUGCUCCAGAGGACAUGAGCAAGGAACAGGUGGUGGAACACAUUGGCCGCAUCCGGGAGGAGCUGGACCGUGAGCGGGUCGAGCGCAGCUACUUCCAGCUGGAGCGGGACAGGAUCCACACCUUCUGGGAGAUGACGCGGAGGCAGCUGGAGGAGAAGACGGCUGAGCUGAGGAACAGAGGCCGGGAGAUGGAGGAGGCCGAGGAGCGGCACCAGGCGGAGGUCAAGGUCUAUAAGCAGAAGGUGAAGCACUUGCUGUACGAGCAUCAGAACAGCUUGAUGGAGAUGAAGGCGGAGGGCACCGUGGUCAUGAAGCUGGCGCAGGAGGAGCGCCGCGCGCAGGAGGGUGCCAUGUGCAGGGACAUGCGGGCGCUGCAGGUGAAGCUGAAGGAGCAGGAGCUGGCAGGCGAGCUGGUGGUGAAGAACCUGAGGCUGAAACACGCCGAGGAGAUCACCAAGAUGCGCAAGGACUUUGAGCGGCAGGUGCGAGAAAUCGAGGCCAAGUACAACAAGAAGAUCAGGAUGCUUAGGGAUGAGCUCGACCUGCGCAGGAAGACAGAGAUCCACGAGGUCGAGGAGAGGAGGAACGGCCAGAUCAGCGCGCUCAUGCGGCGCCACGAGGAGGCCUUCGCGGACCUCAGGAACUAUUACAAUGAAAUCACCCUCAGCAGCCUGGCUCUCAUCAACUCCCUCAAGGAGCAGAUGGAGGCCGUGCGGAAGAAGGAGAGGCACCUGGAGAAGGAGAUGCUGGAGGUGUCGGCGCAGAACAGGCGCCUGGCAGACCCCCUGCAGAAGGCUCGGGACGAGAUGAGCGAGAUGCGGAAGCUGCUCGGGGGCUACGAGAGGGACAAGCAGAUGCUGCUGUGCACGAAAGCCCGUCUGAAAGUCACCGAGAAGGAGCUGAAGAGCCUGCAGUGGGAGCACGAGGUUCUGGAGCAGCGCUUUAUCCAGGUGCAGCAGGAGCGGGACGGGCUGUACGGGAAGUUCACCGCAGCCAUCCUGGAGGUGCAGCAGAAGGUGGGCCUCAGGAACCUCGUCUUGGAGCGCAAGGUGCAGGCCCUGGCCGCCGCGGUGGAGGAGGAGGAGACGCAGUUCCGUGAGGUGCCGGCGGCCUCCAACCUGGACCCUGCGGCCCUGACCCUCGUGUCCCGCAAGCUGGAGGACGUUCUGGAAUCAAAGAACAGCACCAUCAAGGACUUGCAGUACGAGCUGGCCCGGGUCUGCAAGGCCCACAAUGACUUGCUGCGUACCUAUGAGGCGAAGCUCCUGGCCUUUGGGGUCCCCCUGGACAACGUGGGCUUCAAGCCCCUGGAGACGUCCGUGAUUGGGCAGACGCUGGGCCAGGGCCCCGCAGGACUCGUGGGCACCCCAACGUAG